UCAGUUUGCUGUCAUACUUCAUGCUCUUCCUGUUAAUGACUGUUUAUCUUUUAGCCUGAAAGAGAGACUUAUAACGGUUUAAGAUGACGACUUCUUGGAGUGAUCGGCUCCAGAAUUAUGCAGAACUUCCAGCCAACAUGGAUGUGUUAUCUAUGAAGAAGUACAGAAGAGAGGCAUACCACAGAGUUUUUGUCAAUAGAAGUUUGGCAAUGGAGAAGAUAAAAUGCUUUGGCUUUGAUAUGGACUACACUCUAGCAGUGUAUAAGUCUCCCGAGUAUGAAUCCCUUGGCUUUGAUCUGACUGUGGAAAGAUUGGUUUCUAUUGGUUACCCACAAGAGCUCCUAAACUUUGUCUAUGAUCCUGCUUUUCCCACAAGAGGCUUGGUGUUUGAUACAACUUACGGAAAUCUGCUGAAAGUAGAUGCAUACGGAAACAUCCUCGUGUGCGCUCAUGGUUUCAACUUCCUGCGUGGUCCAGAUAUAAGAGAGCUGUACCCAAACAAGUUCAUUCAGCGUGGAGAUACAGAGCGAUUCUACAUCCUCAACACACUGUUUAACCUACCAGAGACGUACCUCUUUGCCUGCCUGGUUGACUUCUUCACUAGUUGUGCCAGAUACACAAGUUGUGAGAUGGGCUUUAAAGAUGGAGAUCUUUUCAUGUCCUACAAGAGCAUGUUUCAGGAUGUCAGAGAUGCUGUGGAUUGGGUCCAUUUCAAGGGGUCACUGAAAGAAAAGACAGUUGAAAACUUGGAGAAAUAUGUGGUGAAAGACGCCAAAUUGCCAUUGCUUCUGAGUCGAAUGAAUGAAGUUUCCAAAGUGUUCCUUGUUACCAAUAGUGACUACAAGUAUACAGAUAAAAUCAUGACAUACUUGUUCGAUUUUCAACAUGGUCCAAAAGCGGGUGUACCUCAUCAGCCCUGGCAGUCCUACUUUGACCUCAUUUUGGUGGAUGCCAGGAAGCCUCUUUUCUUUGGAGAGGGCACAGUCCUGAGACAGGUGGACACGACCACUGGGAGGCUUAAAAUCGGAACAUACACAGGGCCCUUGCAGCAUGGCAUUGUGUAUUCUGGUGGUUCCUCAGACAUGGUGUGUGACCUACUCGGAGCGAAGGGGAAGGAUAUCUUGUACAUUGGUGACCACAUCUUUGGAGACAUCCUUAAGUCUAAGAAGCGUCAGGGCUGGAGAACGUUUCUGGUGAUUCCUGAGCUGGCUCAGGAGCUGCAUGUGUGGACUGACAAGAGCACGUUGUUUGAGGAACUACAGAGUUUGGACAUUUUCCUGGCAGAGCUUUACAAGCAUUUGGACAGCAGCAGCAAUGAGAGACCCGAUAUCAGUUCUCUUCAGAGGAGGAUUAAGAAAGUGACCCAUGACAUGGACAUGUGUUAUGGGAUGAUGGGAAGUUUGUUCCGCAGUGGUUCUCGUCAGACACUUUUUGCAUCUCAAGUUAUGCGUUAUGCUGACUUGUACGCUGCAUCAUUCAUCAAUCUGCUGUACUACCCCUUCAGCUACCUGUUUAGAGCUGCCCAUGUGCUGAUGCCUCAUGAGUCCACAGUGGAGCACACUCAUGUGGACAUUAAUGACAUAGAGUCGCCAAUGGCGACACGCAACCGCCACUCCAUUGACUUCAGAGAACACGAAUGUAAGAGACAUCAUCUCACCCGCUCCAUAAGCGAGAUCAACCCACCCCACCUCUUCCCUCAGACGCCACAGGAGAUCACUCACUGCCAUGAUGAGGAUGAUGAUGAGGAAGAGGAAGAAUAAGCAGACCUUUGGCAUUACUGUUAAACUGGAUUCAGGUGCUUCAGAGAUGUGCCUACGGUUUAAUUAAGUAUGAUCAUUGCAUAUACCAUAUAGUUUGUCAGGAUGUUUAUUUCUUGCACUGUAUAUUUCAAACCAGGUUUUUGUAGUUCCAGCAUCUUAUUUUGAAAUUAGGUUUAAGGAAAUAUCUCCAUAAGCCUUAGCUCACAAAACCGUUUUGUAGCCUCACUUGAAAAUGUGUUGAAUUUUUUUUUUUUUUAUAAUAAUGAAAACAAUUAAUUGAUUUCACUGUUUUAGUUAACAGAGAGAUUUGAAAGUCCCUGUUUAAGUUACAUUACAAACAUACAAUAUUUGCAUGAUAUUGAGGGGACAGAUAAAGCAAGGUCUGUCUCUGAUUUAGUUAAGCUUGAAAUUUUGGAGAUGAGCCAUGUAGUAGAAGAAUUUCCUUAGAAAUGUCACACCAACAAUGAAAGCUUGUGAAGUAGAAGACUGCACCUCUCUCAAUGGCUGUUAAAGUGUUGUAACAGAUUAUCAUCCUUCUUUUUUGACAGAACUGUUAGUAUGCAAACUGCCAUCAUAUUAUUGGGUCAUUUCUAAACAAACAUUUUAAAAAUGAAACGCAUGCAACUUGCCAUUUUAUGCAUGGGUCACAAGUUUCUUGGCAAUGCUGCAUAGCUGGAACUGAAGAGUAGAGAAGUCCUCAACCUCACCUUUUUUAAUGGCUGCUAAUAACUGCUUGGAAGAAUAAGCCAACGUUGAAAUAUCUCUCUAUGUCUUUGGAGCCGUUCAGACCAGAUGUGUUGUUGCGCUAAAGAACAAGCUAGACUUUGACAUUGUCUAGUUAGUAAGAACAUCCAACUUUUAAAAAUGUGUCCACAGUACGCCUUCGUUCUGUUCUAUUUGUUGGGCUGCGUCUAGCUUUAUUAGCACAAGAACGUGUUCAGACUGAACCGCCCCUUUUUAUACUCACCAUUACUGUGUUGAUUGUUAGACCUUGAAUCUAGAGCAUAGAUUCACAAUUUGCUAUUUUUAUAUUCAAUGGUAUGAAUAUUUUCAUUUCAAAUAAUGUUGUUUGAAUCAUAACAUUUGGGUGAUGAGGGCUUAAUUAAGCAGGUGCGGUUGUAUUAAUUGGAACCUGGCCAUGGAAACAAAGCUUUGUUGGUAACCGUGGACCAAAAGCAAGAGAGACUCUGUCAAAAUGAUUUUUGUUUUAAGCCAUUGUGUUCAGGUAGAACCUACAGUACAAGAAUAACCCACAGCCACUGUCUUAUGGAUCUGGACAUUUUAUGUCAUGAACUUCAUCUGGGGACUAUCACUUGAAGGUUUUUUCUUUUCUUUUCUUCGAUUUAUACAGUGCUCAAAAUAGCACUUUGGUGCUUUUGUCUUUUAGAUGUUGUUUUGAAUCAAGGAGGGAAUUUUAGAUGUAUGAGAUGGCCUGCUGCCUUGGUCCAUGUUGCUUUGAAAUUACCAUACCAUGAGCACCCAUAUAUAAAACUACAGUAUUUCUCUUGGAUCAUUUGAACAUUAUUUUAUGUUGGGAUAAAAAACAAACUGUGGGCUUGAGUUCUCUUAAAAUUACCUUUGCUAAUGUAAUCUCUGAAAGCCCAUAGAAAAGAAGUCAUGCAUCCAUAACCAAAGACUGUCUUCCCAU